AUGUGGUCCAACCUUCAUUGCCUACGCUCUAAUUACUCUGACCCAUCCCUCCACCUGAUUGUACUCCGCGGCAAUGUUCUCUACCAUCACAAUACCAACUCUGACGGCCCUGAGCUGCUGCUCAUAGUACCUAUGACACUGCGUUCUCCUCUUCCCCGCGAGCUCCACGAUGCGCCAAAGGCCGGCCACCAUGGAGUAUCCCGUGCUUACGACCGCGUGCGGCCUCAGUCCUUCUGGUCAGGGCUUUACCAUUUAGCGUUUCUGCCUACAACACUUUCCUUGUACGACGUUCCGACCGCCGAAGAUCACAUGCCCCUCAUGAAUCAACAUAUGCCAAUCAGUGUUCCUUGGUUGGGUCCUCAUGGGUCCUCGCAAAUACCCACAUCCAACUUGGACGCCCUGGCGGCAGAUGGCGUCAUACUGAACAGCCUGUACGCCCAGCCCAGCUGCACGCCUUCGAGAUCAGCUCUCAUGUCCGGCCGUUACCCGAUACGCACAGGGCUACCCCUCAAUGCUGGAGAGCCGUGGGGCCUGCCCGAGGACGUGCGAAUUCUGCCGCAGUACCUCAAAGAACUCGGCUACGAAACUCACCUGGUUGGAAAGUGGCAUCUCGGCUACUACAAGACGAGCGUUACGCCGACUUACCGUGGUUUCGACAGCUUUUAUGGCUACUACAACGGUGAGGAAGACUACUACACCCACAGCUUGACCUACCAAAACCGCACCGGUCUUGACUUCUGGUUUGGAACGGAGCCCCGAUGGUCGGAUGAUGGAAAAUACUCCUCAACGCUGUACACUCAAAGGGCGCAGUACCUGAUUCGCAACAGAAAAAAGCCCCUCUUCCUUGUCCUGAGCCAUCAGACACCGCACGGGUCAGGAGGCCCUGAACCUCUCCAGGCACCACAAGAAAACGUAGAGAAGUUUCCCUACAUUGGAGAGGAGAGGAGGACUCUCUUUGCGGGAAUGAUAGACGCGCUGGACCAGUCAGUGGGCGAAGUGUUCGAGACGCUCGAAGAAGCCGGCAUGCUGGAGAACAUCGUCGUGCUCUUCACCAGCGAUAACGGUGGCACACCGUUCGGCGACCAUUCCAGCAGGAGCUUCAAUUGGCCGCUGCGUGGAACCAAGAUGUCGGUUUGGGAAGGGUCGACCAGGGUGCCUGCUUUCGUCUGGAGUACCCUAAUCAAGCGGAAACGUAGAGUGUCCAACCAACUGAUGCACUUCACCGACUGGUUCACCACACUGUACAGUGUUGCAGGCGGCGACACCGCUAGGCUAGGAGACGUCGACGGAGUCGACAUGUGGCAGCAUCUCUCGUAUGGAUCGCAUGCGCCGCGCGCCGAGCUUCUCUACAACAUUGACCCCGUAUACCCGGCCGAGCUCUCCGUGGCGGCGAUUCGCAACUCCCGGUAUAAGUUGGUUAUCGACGCCACUGGUGUGAAUUACCACCGCUACGAGACUCCGGGUGGCCGUCUUCCGUACGCGGACCUCUACCGACUUCUCGCCCAAUCGAAAACUGCCCGCGUUCUGAGGAAGCUUUACAAGACGAAGAACUUGAGGUUUCCCCGACGAUGGAGGCAGAGGGCGACCCUCACGUGUGGGAAAGGAACGGAAGAAAACUUCUCAGCCAACGACACUGUCUUCCUGUUCGACAUUGAGAAAGAUCCGUGCGAGCUGAACAACUUGGCCAAAGAACGACCCGAAAUCGUGUCUGACUUCAUGAAGCGUCUAGAUGCAUAUCGCUCAGUCGCCGUGCCUGCCCGAAACCUGCCGUAUGACCCAGCCAGCUCUCCUGAAAACCACAACAGGACAUGGGCUCCGUGGAUGGACUGA